AGAAGAUACUAUUAAGUCGAUAUUUAAUCAAGUAUACGGCUACUGUGGUUGCUUUGGCGACCAGUAAUACCUCAGUUAUCACUGCCACUGUUAGGGUACAGGUUGUGUUACAUUUUUGUAGAUUACAGCUUGAAUUAAAUUUCUUUUAAAAUUAUGGCUAAUAAAUCUGUAACCACCUAUGAAAAACCUCUACCACACAUAGGAUUAGCGGACUGGUAUGCAAAACAAUGGGAACUUCAACAAGGUGCAGAUGCCACAAGUGUAGAAGCAUUUAAUUUAAGAAAUUCAGGAAAAAUUAUUCAGUCAGAAACUAUGGUGAAAACUAUAUGGGACACGUACAUGAAUAAUGCUCGUCUUGCCGAUAGGGUAACAGAGUUAUCACGAUGGAGGGAGUUACUUCAGAAUUUAUUAGAUAAAUUAUUAUCGGAGAUUCGUUCUCUAAAGGAUGAAAAAAUUGACGCAGAAAAAGAAUUAGAAACAUUAAAUUAUCCUUUACAAGUAACAGCACAAUGUAUUUCAAUGAGAGAUUGUCGUAGGGGGACUGAGCUUACUUAUGAUGAAGCUGAUACAGAACUGAAAAAAGAACUCUGUGUCAUAGAGAAUGUCAAACAGUCAUUGACUAACAGAGUCCAAGCUGCAUGGGAAAAGUUAAAUCGUUUGGAGGAAGUUCGAUUUAAAGUGGCACUGGAUGUAGAAGAUAAGGAUGAAACUAUAAAAAUAGAUAAAGAAAAUCUUAGUUUGGAUCGUACAUGUGCAAAUAUUAGCUAUAAACCAAAUUCAUUAAGGGUUCCAAAAAAUGCAAUAUCUUAUGAAGCUUGGUUGGAACAUUGUCGGUAUUCCAAAAUUUUGGCCGAUAACGAAUUAAGCGACGUGUACAGUUUUCGCGAGUCCAUGAAUGUAAUGCGGGAACGCGCAAGAAAUGACAUUAAGGCUCAGCAGGAUGUAACAGACUUCAGUUUACGGAAAAGAAUAUAUCAAACACAAAAAGCUCGCAAUGAAUUGGAAUGGCAAAAGCUUAAAAUACAAAAAGAAAUGGAAAUCAUGCAAAAAGAAAUAGUGCGACUGGAAGAUGCUCUCCUGCACAAAACUGAUUCAAUUAAAUGCGCAGAAACAAGAUUAGAAAAUCGCACUUAUCGUCCUGGUUUUGAGAUCUGUCGUGAUGAAGUAGACUUUGGUUUGAAAGAUGAGGUUUUACAGUUGCGACAGACUGAAAAAGAUUUGAACAAAGUUAUCGACAAUUCGAAACAAGUGUACAACAAUCUAGAAAGUUUACUUCUAAGAAUUGAAAGAAAUAUAGAUGAUAAACAGCAUUCGUUAGGAACGGAUGUGAUGUGUUUGGAUAUGCGAGCAACAUUAAAAACUGGGGAUAGAACACGAUUACCUAAUGAAACGGACCGUAACAUUGUUCUUACGCGUAUGGAGCAGGAAAUACCGCUCGAGUCAGCAUAAUGUACGUGUA